AUGUCGCGCUUCGUCCGGGCCUCCAAGUAUCGCCAUGUCUUUGGGCAGACGGGCAAGAAAGAGUACGGCUAUGACAACGUCAAGGUCACCAACUCUGCCUGGGACACCAACGUUGUCGCGGCGUCCACUCGCUACGUCUCUCUCAACUGGCAGUCAUCCGGCGGCGGCGCAUUCGCCAUUCUGCCCCUCCCCAACCCCUUCGCGCCCCUCCCGACCGGCUUCCCGUACAAGCUCCCCGACAUCGUCCCCCUCGCCCGCAGUCACACUGCCCCUGUCCUCGACACCGACUGGUCGCCGUUCAACGACUCCAUCGUCGCCUCCGCCGGCGAGGAUGGCAAGACCAUGAUAUGGAAGGUCGACCCCGAUAUUUUUGAGGGCUGGGGCCUCGAGAACUGGGAGCCCACCGACUUUGACCCUGUCGCCCGCAUCGACCUAUGGGACCUCGCUGCCCCUGAGGCCGCCAAGUCCGUUCUCGGCGGCCACGCCGACGCCAUACAGAGCUUGUGCUUCAACCCGUCCGGUACGCUCCUCGCCACCACCUCUCGCGACCGCAAGAUCCGCAUUUUCGACCCGCGUACCGGCGGAGAGCCCGUUCGCCUCACCGAGGGCCACGGUGGUAUCAAGGGCGCGCGCGUAGUCUGGAUGGGCGACAAGGAUCGCCUCGCGACGACCGGGUUCAGCAAGAUGAGUGACCGCCAGAUCGCGCUCUGGGAGACCGGCAGUCUCAGCAACGUCAAGAUGAUGACCAUCGACCAGACGUCCGGCGUUCUCAUGCCGUUUUGGACCGACAACAACAUCCUUUUCCUUGCCGGCAAGGGCGACGGCAACAUCCGCUACUACGAGUACGAAAACGACAACCUCUUCCCGCUCUCCGAGUACAAGUCCUCGGACCCCCAGCGCGGCAUGUGUUUCCUUCCUCGCCGUGGCCUCAGCGUCUCCGACUGCGAAAUCGCGCGCGCCUUCAAGGUCGCGGCGUCCUCUAUUGAAGCCAUCGGCUUCAUCGUUCCCCGCAAGUCUGAUUCUUUCCAAUCCGACAUCUUCCCACCUGCACCGUCCGCCGAGCCUUCGCUUACCUCCGCGGAAUUUUUCUCCGGCAAGACCGCACCUCCAAACCUCGUCUCCCUUGAGGACGGCUCCAUUUCUACGGGCGCCACACCAGUUUCGCUUCCACCGUCUUCUUCAAUCUCUACACCCGCACCCGCCCCGACCCCUUCGAGGACGAUGACUGCGCCUCCACCGGCCGCUGCUCCCCCUGUAGCAUCCAUUCCCUCGAUUUCAGAACCCGUCUCUGCAUCGAGGUCCACGCCUAUGACGCGCCAGGCCUCGACCGACGACUCGGCGGUAUCUGCGUUGAAAGCGGAGAACGCGCGGCUGACGGAGGAGCUAUACGCGGCGCGUGAGGAGACCCGCGAUUGCCGCGCGCAGAUCCGGCAACUCGAGCUGCAGGUCGAGGCGGUCCGGGCGAACGCGCGCAAGGCCGCUGCACUCCUCGAUGCCUAA